AUGGCGACCGCAGUGACCGCUCGCCCAGCGCAAGCUUUGCGACAGCGCCGCGAAUCCCAGCGCCCAAAUCUCGCCCGACAAAGCGGAAGAGCUUCAGACACCGGCAGCGCAGCAAGGGAGACGGUGUCGAUGCCGAUACCUUGCCUGAAGGACACCAGCUACAUCCUCCAGAAAUUCAAGGGCAAGCCCCCGUCUCUCGUCAUACACCUCCACUCCACACACUGGCGGUUCGAAAACCAAGAUGGCACAUUCACCUACCAAGGGCCCAUGAAGAUCUUCUUAGAGCACAUCAGGAACCAGACGCUGCCUCAUGACAUGCUGGAAGAGCUGCACGCAUCGAAUGUGCCUUUCUACGACGGUUGCUUGAUUGUCCAAGUUUUCAACCACCGAGUUAACGGCAACACAGCCCAGACUGUAACUUCGAGUUCAGCCAUCGGCAAUAAGGACAAGCCCUUCUCUAUUCACACCCACAGCAAUUUCGUGACGCCUUCUAGCUACGCACCGUACCCAAGUAGCCCAAAGAUGCCCGAAAAGUCAAAGGUCGAGAAUGCUGCGGCGAACGGGGCCGCUGCAGGCGCAGCAAAGGGAACGGACGUGGACAAGGAGAAUAUGCCAGCCCCAGGCCAACCCGCAAGCUCUACCCAAAAGAAGGCUGCGUUGGGCCCCAAGCUCACUACGUUUGUUCUACACCCGACAGAGCAAUCUCGACUUGUCGACCUUACGAUCCUAGCAAAUACACCUGCGCCAGAGCCGCGCUCGAAGCGACAGCCAUCUACUGCCAGUGGCGCACAUCCUCCAACACCUCUUACUUCCGUACCUCCUACACCGGUCAUGCUGAAGGGCGCUCCGCCUCAGAAGAAGCAGAAGAUGAUGAUCGACGAGAGCAAUCGCUACGAAUUCGAGGCUCAAGUCAUCAACUCCACGGCGCCCGCACUAGACCUCCGUCCAAUCCAGAGUCUACUCGGCCAGAAAGCUCUGAUCGACUCCCUGACCGAUGACCUUCAUAAGAACCCGCCUCCAGCGCUCAAGACUCGCAAACGGACAACGGCGGAGCUCGCAGCGGAUGAGGCACGAGAUGCCUACGAAGAGAAAUGGAUGCUCAAUUGGGAUGAGCGCAAGUCAUCGACUAACGGAGCAGCUGCGGGAGGCGCUGGAGCAGUUGAGGGCCAGGGCGGAGUCACGACCUUCCAGGCUGGCUUCGACCGUUUCAAGACAAUUGAGAAUAUCAAGAUUCAGCACGCAGAGCAGGACCGGCUCAAGAAGGAGGAAGAAGCACGUCAGGCGCAAGUCAAGAGGCAACAGCAGGCUGAAGCCGAGGCGGUGAAGAGGAAUGACAUGGACGAGAUGGCCAAGAUGCAGCAGCAGCAGCAUGAACGAGCCAGGAUCGCAAUGCAAAAGAGACAAGAGAUGUUGCAGCAACAGCAGCGGCUUCAGAAUGCGGCAGUUCCGCAGGGAGCACCACAGUCUGCUGUGAUGAUCCCAACACCGCAGCAAGUUCAGUUUCCACAGGUCUCGCAGGCACAACAAGGCUCGCCUAUGCUGCGACAGCAGACGCCAAUGCAAUCAUCGCCCGUCAUGGCCAGCAACAUGAUGGUCGGCGUUCCAAUGCGAGCAACCUCGUCGAGUCAAGGGGGCAGCCCCGCCCGGCCGACUUCCGCGGUCCCUCAGAACCCACACGCGCAAGCCGCUAUGAUGGUUCGCCAGAUAAGCCAACAACAGAGUCAACAGGGUGGCAGCCAUCAUAACACGCCACAAAUGGUUCAAGGAACACCCGCGAUGCCUCAUGCUAUACCCGUCACGCAUCACAUGACGCCGCAGCCUCGAAUGUCCCAAAGCAGCCCGGUCAACGGCAUGCAAGCCACGCCGAUGAUGCAGCAGACGCCUCAGAUGGGCAUGCAGAACCUGACUCCUGAACAGCAGCAGCAUCAAAUGCGCCUGAUGCAACAUCGGCGGAUGCUUGCUCAACAACAAGCCCAGCAAGGAGCCAUGAUGAAUCAGCAGAUGUCUCCAGAGCAGGCCAACCAGGCGGCCAUGAUACAUGCUCAGCAAGAGCAGCAGCGACGGCAGCAAGCCCAACAAGCCGCUCAGCAAGGGGGCCUCUCUCAAGGCACCCCGGAGCAGCAGGGCACCCCGCAGAUGCGACCUGGUAUACCUCAAGACAACAACGCGGCAUACAAACGUCGACUGCAGCAGCAAAUGGCGCAGCAGAUGCAACAGCACUCGCAGGUCUCUUCGCCUCAGCCUGGCCAAGUGCGGCCACAGAACCCCAACAUGAUGGGCCAGCAGAACCCGAACGGCCCGCAGAACCCGCAGCAGAUGCAGCAAAUGGCGCAAAACAUGUCCCAGAUGCAACAGCAGCAGCAGCAGCAACAAGCGCAACAGACGCCCUCCCAGCCACAACCACAAGCCCUCCCCCAGCAGCCCCAACAACCACAACAACAGGGCAACGUCAUGAGCCAGCAACUCAUGCAGCUCCUCGCAAAUGCCAUGCCCAGCACGCCCGGCCAGCAGGCCGUCAUGACACUACGCAACCCGCUCCUGCCCUCCCUCGAGCAGAACCAGCGCCAAGUCGCCAUCAACCAGAUCGGCCAGCGGCAGAUGGGGUACCUGCAGAAGAUGAUGCAGAGCGGCGGCGGCCAGCUGAACCCACAGGUCGCCAACCAGCUACGAAGCCUGGGCAUGCAUCCACAGGUCGCGCAGAUGCUGGCCCAGCAGGGGCUGCUGGAUGUGAGGGCUGUGCAGCAGGCGUCGACGAUGGUCGCGCAGCUCAUGGCGUUGCCGGGGCCGCAGGGCGGGCAGGGCCAGCCGGGUGGACAGGCUCAGGCGCAGGCGCAGGCGCAGGCGCAGCAGGCGCGUAUGGCCCAAGGAGGCGCGGCGAUGCAAGAUAACCCGCAGCAACGCCAGUAUCUCCAGCAGCUGCAGGUGCAGCAGCAGCUGCUGCGGCAAGCGCAGGCGCAGCAGGCGGCGCAACAGCAACAGCAGGCUCAGCAGCAACAACAGCAGCAGCAGCAGCAGCAGCAGCAAGGUCAGCAGGGCCAGCAAAUGAUGCCGGGGCAGAGCAUGCAGGGUAUGCAGAUGGGCGGCGGGAACAUGGGCGGCUUGAGCGCGCAGCAGAUGCAGCAACUCGGACUAAUGGGCAUGCAGGGCUUGAACGGGAAUAUGGGCAUGGGGAAUGUUAAUAUGAAUGGGAUGAACAUGGGCGGGAUGGGGAAUAUGGGCAUGGGAGGGCGUAUGGGGUGA